ACAACGAUUUUAUCAUAGUAAUAUUGUGGUAACCGUGUUUUUGGUGUGUUUAUUGCCUUUUAUAUUACCGUCGUUUUACUAACUUACAAAUAUCACGGUUAAACUAUGUGAAACGAUGUUGUGGACUGUGGUUUUACUGAAAUAGCAUAGUAAUAAAUGUCAUGCAUACCAUCGAGCGACCCUCUGAGUUGGUACCACUCAUUUUUAACUGUUAACGUUAAAAUAAACACUUCCAUAAUGAGGUUGUUUUUAGCAUUAGCUCGCCGCAAAGACCCCCGUGGAGUUCCCAGCAUACACCGCGCGGCGUGUGACGUUGCUUCCGGUUAGCUGUUCGCUAGCGUUAUACACCGGGAUGAUCAGAGCUCAGCCACCGGGCAUGUGCGAUUCGGUGAAAUCCUCGGGUCUGGACUCUCGCCCAUGUGAUAUAAAUCAAUACCGACAGUGGUUCGAGAGUGAUAAGCAAUGGUCGGCCAGGCGUCAGUUUAUAUUGAAGCACAUUAGCGAAUAUGAAGGAAAUGCUGUUGAUAAACUGCUGGCCCUGUCGAUGGUGUGGGUUAACCACGUUUUUAUGGGUUGCAGGUAUGGCCGUGAGCUGAUGGAAAGGGUGCUUGAGAUGGCAGAAGGGAUUUCUGUUGGCGAAAUGCCCUCUUUUGAGUUGGUCACAAAAAAGAGAUCAAAUUCACCAAAAGAAGGUGAGCAACCUGUGAAAAAGAUGGCUGUUACAAAAUAUAUUACCAGACCACGAUUCGAACCGGUUAAGUUUGUGAGCAGCAGCAGUGGACCGGGAGAAACUGAUGAGAAAGAAAACGAGAAGGAGAGCAGGAAGAGCGAAACGAAUGAUGUAAGGCCGAGAGAACAAGAACAUCAACCAUAUAACGGUAGCCGUGAUACCGGCCCCUCUUCGUCCUCUGCCGCUGUCGAAACAGGAAGUUAUGGAAGGCCUGAGCACAGUAACAAAGGCAUGGCUGCGAGUGGCACAAGUGGGCUCGGCUACAGCAGCAGAGAAUCCACGGCAAACUUUAUGGCCAAAUUGCAGCAGGAGUACACCGCUAGGUAUGAAGCACAUAAUGCCAAACAGUCAGACUUACAAGAGGUUCGAUGUGAUGAAAUCGGAGGUACUGGAAGGUCUGACGGCGGGCGCUGUGGACUGGGCUUUGGCCAGCCGGAUAGACCAAGUUCAAGCAAGACUUUCACCAGGGAUGGUCCUACACCUUUGCUGCCAACUCCUAUCCUCGCAUCAACAGUGAAUGAAAAAAAGAGGCUAAUUGCCAGAGUGUCAUCGGCCAUUGCGGUCGCCCUCAGAGAUCCCGCGUUUAUGAGUGGAUCUGACUUGCCAAAUGACAAUCUCAUACUUAGCCGCAGCAUUCAGGCCUGUAAAACUAACCCUGAGUAUAUCUACGUGAAUCUAAAAGAUAUACCACCCUCCGACCUGCCUAAGAAAAGGAAAGUGCCCUCCGAAGGCUAUGCAUGUGAGCUGAGAUGUCAGAGCGUUUACCUGGCAACAGGCUACUCCGGCAGCAAAAAUGGCGCCAGGGACCGUGCGUCAGAACAGGCGGUCAAGCUUUUCAUGAAGCCGGUGGAGGUUCGUGUCGUGCAGAGGGAAUAUAAGCGUAAUUAUGUCAAUGAUAUGAUUGUGUGCCAGGUUAACAGCCCAAAUCCAACCCUCCCCCCACCUCUUCGCAACCCAGACACCAAGCCACCGCCCAGCACCAAAGGCCAGUAUGAGCCCGACAGGAGUAAACAUUGGACUGAGUUUGUUCUUAUGGAAAACGCACACGAUGCCAUCUGUAUGCUUAAUAACUCUGCAGCCUUUAACCGCAUGAAAGUCGAUUAUAGUUUUGACCCAGUUCCUAACAGCAAUUUAUGGCAGUGCAGUGUGUAUUUACAAGAUGAGCUAGUGGCACAAGGCCGAGGAAAUAAGAAGAGCUCCAAACAUUUAGCGGCGGUGAAUGCAGUCAAGAUAUUGCGAAUGAACCAGGCUGCUCGCAAGGAGCAGGAACAACAACAGCAGCAGCAAGUGCCAAGAGGAAACCACAAUUCGGAGCAACCCGGUGGUCGCUCUGGCCAGCACGGUGGCAGAAAAAAACAACUCUGUGACCUGGUCAUCCUUCAAAACUCCGAUAAUGCCAUUUGCAUAAUAAAUGACACUGCACAGUUUAAUAAAAUGUUUGCUGACUACAAAUUCACAGUUCUGCCAGACCAUAACUGGAAAUGCGAAGUUUUCCUAGACGGUCAGUAUGUGGCUGCAGGCAUCGGACCCAAAAAGACAGUGAAGCAUAUUGCGGCAGAGGAGGCGCUCGCCACGCUUAAAAGAACGCAAGCGGUGGUGAAAUCCAAUCUCAGAAUAGAGGGUAACGCAGACGCGAUUUCACGAAAUCAAAUCAUAGCGCAUUCAGGCGAGGAGUACAUGCGACAGGAAAUCAAAGAGGACAACAUUGGUAACCAGCUACUUCGUAAGAUGGGCUGGACAGGUGGAGGCUUAGGAAGAGAAGGAGAGGGAAUUGCUGAACCUAUCAGGGUUAAAGAGCAGUUUACCAGGGAAGGACUCGGUAUGGAUAUGGACAGGCAUGCCAAGCAGCUAACUAAGCGCGAUAUCGAUGAAAUCAUUCGGAAUUACGCCACAUCAGACCGUCAAGAUGAUCUGCGCUUCUCCACCGAGCUCCAUAACGAUGAGCGCAAACAGAUCCAUCAGAUAUCCCAGAAGUACGGGCUGCGCAGCAAAUCGUACGGACAAGGCAAACAGCGAUUUCUCGUGGUUAGCCGUAAAGUUCAGAAGGACCAGCUGAUUGGUCAGCUUUUGCAGGAGGGGCAAGUAGGGCACUAUGAACUGGUGAAACCUCAGGUCUCACAGUGACUGGACUCUUUACUUUCAGAAGAGUGUAAAUCUUAUUUUCUUAAGAUGUAAGGUGGCAGUCUGUUCCUAAAUUCAUAUAUCUGCACCCUGUUCUUCCCUAUACACCCUUGUUCAGUUAGAUAUCUUCAGGUUAGCAUCAUAUGUUGUAAACUGGCUUCCUAACUAAAUCGUCAUACCUUGUAUCCUGUAAAUGAUAUUUAUUGACACAGAUAUUAGUAGGGGGGGUCUUUUGCCAGCAUGUGUUCUCAAGUUACAUUCCACUUCAUAUUUUCAGACGUUACACUCGUUCACUGCCUAUCGUGUUGUAAGAUAAAAUCUUUAAAUAUAUCUUAAAACACUAUAUAUUUUUGUCAAUUUUAGAUGUUGACUGUACAAUUUUAAGUCUCCAACUUGUCAAAUACCUGUUUUGACUUGCUGUACAUAAGUUAUUUGUUGUGAAUACUACCAACCAGUCUGCUUGUUCCACAUAUUAAACAGUCGUUGAUCGUU